UUAUUAUAACGAUUAACGAACCCGUUUAAUUUUAAUAUAAAUUUCGAAAUGUGUAAUUAAUUUAUGUUAUUUUACUGGUCUAAUCUACUUUUUAUUAUCAAAUACCAUUUAUAAAUUCUUAUAAUAUUAUAAUCGUUAUUAUUAAUUAAUACUUAAAAGUUGUAAUGGAGUUUACUACUACAAUUUCAAAUAUGCAUCAAGAGAAUUUUUCAUUUCAAAAUCAAGUAAAUGGGAACAAUAUUUCUCUAUUUGAUAAAAACUUGAAAAGAGUUAAUGAAGACUUAAUAAAAGUAAAUGAAUAUUACUCUUCUAAAAAUGAUCACCUAACUGAAAAUCAUUCUCAAGUCAUAAGAAGCGUAGAAUCAAAUAAAUCACUCAAUGAAACAAUCGAUGAAUCUUAUAAUAAUUUAUAUGAUGGUUUGUAUAAAAUUAAAAUGAAUGAAAUUGAAGCAAAUAGAAAAAUCGAUGUACGGAAAGAAAUGAACAAAAAAGUUAAUUCUUUGAAACAGACAAAACAAAAACUUUUUAAAACACAAACAAAUACUAUUGAUGAAGAAUCUAAGCGUACCAUUCGUGAGGGACUGCUUAUUGACAAAAAUUAUAAUAAUAAACUGCUGGACAGCAAUAAUGAUCAAUUUCAUAAUAGAUUACUCGAAGAUAAAAAUAAAUUUAAUAAAAUGAAAUUCGCCUUGGCUCUUAAUAAUGUAUCAAGUUCAUUAUGUGACAUAAAAAAGUUACUAAAUGAAACACCACAAUUAUUUAGUAGUCACGGAGACAGAUAUAAGCUUUUUGAAAUCUCUUUAAAUGAUUUAAAAACGAAGUCUUCAAAUAUUAAUGAACAAGAUAUCUUAGCUAUCAAUCAACUUCAACAAAAUAUUAAAAUAUUAUAUGAACAGCUACUAGAAAUACAAGUUAAAUAUAAGAUACAUGUUUCAUCUAAAAUUAAUGAUCAUAAAAAUGAAGAGAAUAAUAUAUCAACUGAAAAUAUACUUAAAAGCAAAGAAAAUAGUUUUCAUAAUCAGGUAAAAGAAAAAAAUGUUCUUGAAACAAAAAAUAAAUGUGAUGAAGCUAAAAGUGACUUACAAAAUUUUUCAUUUAAAAGAAAUGAAAACCUCGUUAAGUCUGACGAAUUCUUUACAUUUAAAUUUAACACCAAUAAACAAGUUAAUGAUAAUAAUACUUCAAAUUUUUCUUUUAAAAUUAACAAAGAUUCAAAACCUGAAACUACUAUGAACAAUUGUACUUAUAAUUUUAAAGAUGAAUACAAACAAUUUUUAGAAAAUCAUCUAACUAUUCAGGAAUAUUUGAAAAAAAUUGAAAAUGGUUAUUCUUCUUUUCUUUGUGAUGACAACUUUAAACCUUUAAGACAGGAAUUAAUAAAAUCAAUUAAUACACCAGUUAAUAGUAUAUCUUCAGUUUCUCCAUGGCAUAUGAAAGAUAAAUUUGAGAAACUUGAUGCAUUACUGAAGUGUAAAACAGUGAAAACUGGAAAUUCUACUGUAACAGCAAAUGGUCAUCCAGAAGCAUUAAUAUUUUGUAAAGAUACAUUAGCUAAAAAAAUAAUAAACAUUGGAGAGCAAGUGGUUAGUGUAAAGACAGAAACUGGUUUUGAAGUUGCUUCAAUUGUUACAGAGCUUUGGAAAACUCAUCCAGAUUUUGGUAUUUUGCUAUAUGCAAGAUUUAAGCAAAAAUGUCCAUGUCUUAUCCCAUACAAUGCUGCGAAAACAGAUGAAGAAACUGAUGAGGAAUAUUAUAAAUCGUUAUGUUAUAACUAUACAAAUGGAGUUGUUGAGAAACAGGAUAAGUAUGUAAAAAGAAUGACUGGUAUUGUAAGAUUAUUUGCAGCUAUCAUAGUAACUGAAUCUAAGAGCGGUAAAGCUUUAGGCAUUGGUCAAGCCUGGAUGCUGAUUGCAGCAACUGUAAAUUUAGUUCCCCAAUUAGAUGUAACAGCCAUUUUUUUACAUGAAAUUUUGAUAAUUACUGGUCAUGAACUUAAACAAACUUAUGGAAGACAAUUUAUUAAAAUGUUGGAGUACAUAAAUACCAAUUAUAUGAAAAAGAUUGAUGAAGUUACACCAAUUGGUUGUGGAGGACCAGUACAAAGAUUAAAAACAUUUAUCAGUAAGUUUAUUCAAGUUGGUUAUAUUGAAAAACCUAAAGGUAUAAUACCUUAUAAUUUUUGGUAAAUGACUGUAACAUAAUUUUUAUGCAUAACCAUAUUUUAAAUGUUUUUUUUUUUUUUUUAUGAAAUUAAAAAUAAUUUGAUUCAAAUGUAUGUAAAAUCAUAAACAAAUUAUUCAAAAUUUUAAUAAAGUAUACAGUUUUCAUAAAACUCUAAACCUUUAA